AUCCAGACGGAGAUCCACCAUGUCCGGACGCUGAAGAUCAUGGCCAACAUGUUCCGCAAGGCCAUGCUGGAGGACCUGCAGAUGGACCCGGCCGCCGUCCAGAAGAUCUUCCCCUGCGUGGACGAGCUGAGCCAGAUCCACGAGCGGUUCCUGGCGCAGCUCCUGGAGCGCCGCAGGGAGUCCCUGGCCCACGACAGCAACAAGAACUUCGUCAUCAACCGCCUGGGGGACAUCCUGGUCAACCAG